CCUACUUGGUGUGCAAAAAAAAUCGAUUAGCCAGACUGGUGGUUGGUUAGCUUAGCCACUGUAUUUUAGAAAUUUCUUACGGUGGUGUUUUUGUAAGAAUAAACGUAUCUGUGCCCUGUACGUUUGAGGAUGGAAGGCAGUGAUGGUCAAAGCGCUGCACAGCAAGGAUCUGGUGAUGCAGCGAUGAGCACCAAGAGCUUAUAUGCCACUCUGGGGCUUGCUCCUGAAGAUGUGGAUGCUCUGGCUCAGAUUCCAGAGAACGAAAUCAGUGUGGAAACGUUGCCUUAUCUGAUAAUGCAACUGAAAGCCAAUCGAGCCAAGCAAGAAGAGCAGGGAGAGGCCUCCCCAAAGAACGAUGAGCAGCAAGAAGAUACAGAUGUUAGAGAACCCAGCGUAGAGGACAGUCCCCCUGCCGUCCGUCGCCGGUCAAACAGCCAUGGUGACACUGACUAUCGGAAAGUGGAGAUUCACAGUCGACCAGAGCGGCGUUUGGAGCCAAGGAGAGAUUCUCGUCCCACAAGGCCCCCGAGGGAAAAACUAUCUGACAGCCAAUCAAGGUUUCCGCUCUCCUAUCAAGUGAAUGAUUUUCAUGGAUUUGAGCCCAAGGUUUUCCCACAUAAAUGCUCGCUAUGCUUCUGCAUGUUGAAUUCUCCUGUGACAUGGAACGAUCAUCUCAAUGGAUUACGUCAUGCCGAGGGCUGUAGAGAACUCCUGCGUCUAUAUCCAGAUUGGGAAAGACAUGAUACCAGGAGGAAAAUGCCCAACUUCAUCCCAAGUAGAGAUGCUAUUUCACCUCCCAGAAGAGCACCACGUCCUGCUAUGGCUUACAAGAGACAACAUGGCUCAGACCGUCUAGGAGGUGAAGUCUGGUCAUCUUCAGAAAGACAGACCUUUCAAUUGAAGCCAAGGGCUGGCACUAAGGUUGUGGUCACAAAAUUUCCACUUGGUACCAUUGCAGUAGAAGACUUGAUGGCUUUGGCUAAGCCAUUCGGCUCAGUUGUAAAACAUCUGGUGUUCCCUUGCAAGGGAUUCUUGGAGUUUGGUACGCACAAAGAGGCAGUCAAUAUGGUGAAUCACUAUAGGGAGAAUCCAGCCUUUGUGAAGGGGAAUAAGUUGACUCUGUAUCUGUCCCCAGUGGUUGGCAGUAUUCACACACCCAGGUUGGAUGAACCAUCAGAAAGGAGGUCUACCAAACAUGGUUCCAGUUCUGUGGUUUGUUUCUCCCGCUUACCUCCUGGGAAGGAAAGAGAAUCUGAGAUUCUUGAUAUUGCCAAGAUGUUUGGAGAUGUGCGCCAUUCAACAUUUUCAGGGGAUCAGGCCCUGAUUGAGAUGGUGGAUUGGGAGGAUGCUGACAUCAUGGUGAAGUACUACCACUCCAACCCCCUCAAGAUUGAUGGAAAGGGUGUCAAAGUCAGCUUCUCACUGAAGCGUCUGAGAGAAAGUCCUGACUCCACAUCCAGAAGAGUAGAAUCCAGCAAAAGGCACAGCAGCAGACACAAGAGUGAGGAGAAGAGCAAGACCUCAAGCUCCACAAACAAAGAGAAACCCACUACAGGCCAACAGCCUGAAGAAAGUCAACAAAGCACUUCAGAGGAGGGCAAGGAUGAAGUAACAGAGGACAAAAAGGAGGAAGAAACCAAAAAGGAGGAGAACCAGAUGGAGGAGGAGGUUGGGACACAGGAGGAGAUUGACACCCAAGAGGAGAAGGUUGAGAUCCAGAAGGAGGAGGAAGUCAAGGAUGACAUUCAUUUGGAAAACAAAGAUGGAGAUGAUGAGGGCAUCCAAGUGGAAGAUGAACAGAACAUGUUAGAUGAUGAGAUUGCAGCUGGUGCUGGCACUGAAGAGCAUGCUCCUUCCAAAGGUUCAUCUCUGGUGGGUGAUUCUAAAGAUAAGGGGGGACCUGAUAUCACAGAAGAGAUGGCAGAUGAUACAUUGGAGGAUUCUGACCUGAAGGCUGCCGAUGAUCCUGCUGUUUGUGAUCCUGACGUCUCAAUGGAGGACGUGAUGGAACAGAGGAGCUUUCAUGAAGAUGAUCAGGAGGAUAUGGAUGACACAGAUUUCCCUGAGAAUAUGGAUGAUUUUGUUACAUUGGAUGAACUUGAUGACAACGCUGGAGGGGAUGAAUCACUUGAGUCGAAUUCUUCAUGGGAUGGAAAAGUUGUCCAUAUUAGCCCAAUUUUGAAGGGCUAUGGGAAUGUGGAGGUGGCUCUCUUGAAUCUGGCUGAGCAGGCAAAAGUGGAAGUUGUAAACUUUUCCAUAUCCUUUUUUAGAGAGGAGGCAUGGAUAGAGCUUGAUACUACAGAGGAAGCACAUGCAAUGGUGAACUUCUACCAAGGCAAAGGACAGUUGUUGGGGAGACGUGUCAGUGUUCGCAUGUGCUAUUCACAGAAGAAAUUGGAGGGCCCUAGUGGAAGAUCGGUCUACAUUUGUAGUCUUCCACUUCAGAAGUACUCUGAUGUCUCUCUGUUGCGGCUGGCCCAGCCUUUUGGAAAAAUCACUGGCUAUCAUUUGAACUGGCGUGUUGGAAAGUGUUACAUCCAGAUGGAGAGUGUGGAAGCAGCUGAGAAAAUGGUGAAGAAGUUCUUACAACGUCGUCCCAAGUUUUACGGAACCCUGCUGAGGGUCAGUUUGUGCAAAAAGGGAGACACGCUGAUACCAUGGAAACCUCCAACUAAAUAUGAGCUGUGGUUGGAGAGUCAGAACAGCAGAAGAUCACGAGACCAGUAUGACGAUGAGGAGACUAACGGCCAGUCAACCAGUGUCCAAUCUAAACGGGAUGUCCAGAGCCCGGUGUCUGACCGUGAGGGUGUCUGUGGUGACCCUGAGGAGAAGGCCAGUGAUGUGGAAGCUGUGCCAGAGGAAAAGAAGCAGCAGGAACCUCUGGGUCCUUAUCAACCUGACAACCCCGUUGGUUUGGACUACCUGGUGCCAAGGACUGGAUUUUUCUGUAAGCUCUGCAACAUCUUCUACACAAAUGAGAAAACGGCCAAAUCUGUUCACUGUAGCAGUGAGGAACAUUACCUGAACCUUAAGAGGAAGAUGGAGGAGGAUGAACAGCCCUCGGCUGAUUAAGAGGGUUGUCGUCCACCUGUUGUUAUAAUGGAGGAGAUUGGCUGUUUUAGUAAACUUCUGUCUAGUUUGUUUUUAACAUUCCAGUCUUUUCUGUUGAUCUAGAAAACAUUGUUACUCAUUCAAGAUAAAUUAAUGCAGACAAUUGUGACAUGUAGUCCCAUUCUGUGAUUAGGAAUAGUACCUGGAUUUAGUUGCCUCUUGUUGAAUAAACAAAAACAUUUGACUUGU